ACAACAAGAGCAUCUUUUGUAACGUAAACAAGUUAGAAGACCCCACCUCUCUGUAGUGGCGGAAAAAUAAGUUGUUAAAAAGUCGUGGGUAUAAUUCAAGGGCGGUAUUACUCUCCACGAAGAAAUAUUAUGUUUUUAAUUCGUUUCUAUUAGCACAUAGGCCCACUGAACAGCGACUCUAACGUUAGCUAACUUUGCUAACUUCACACCGUGGCAAGCGCAAUAUCAACGAUAUAACCAUUUUUAGCUUACAAAAACGAAAGGAACAUAAUAGUUUUGAAUUCUUAGAUCAAAAAAAUGUCUCUUCUGAGGGAUCACAAGACUUUGCGUAUUUUGCUCAUUGCUCUUUCUCAAUUUGCUUACGUUGCUGCUUUGAUUAUCAAUGCACUCGCGGGACCAGGAAAAGGUCCAUUUCAGCGCAGCACUGGAAAUAUAUCAGACAGAUAUCAGACAGAGAUCACUCCUGCUGGAUGGACCUUCUCUAUAUGGGGGGUCGUCUAUUCCUGGCUCUUCCUGAUGAACGCAUAUAUCCUUACCUGGCUUUGUAGAGGGUUGUACUCAAGUCCAGCAAUCCUGCCCUCGGAAUUCUUUCUCUCAUGGAUCAUCAACAUGAUUCUGAACAGUACCUGGCUGGUCUUGUGGGAUAGAGAAUUGAUGAUUCCUGCCCUGAUUGUUCUUGCCCUGAUUGCUUUCACCAACUACCUGAUGAUCUUCUUCUCUUGUCUUGGUCUGCGAGCUCAUGGAUCUUGGCUUAAACAGCAACAUCCAAAAGACCUCUUCUGCAUCAUAGUGUUGGUUCAAAAUGGCAUUGCCACUUAUGCAACAUGGACAACUAUUGCCACACUGCUCAACUUCACUAUUGUGUUGGAUCUGGCGUCAGUUUCCCCAACACAUGCUGCUACUGCUUCUUUAUGCAUACUUCUGUUGGAAGUAAUUAUAUGGUUUACAGUUGAAAACUUUCUAAUAGAGAAGCACGUCCGUUACAUCCUCUCGGUUUACCCUGUGAUUAUCUAUGCUCUAAUUGGAAGCCUAAGCAAGCAUUACAUUGCCGCGGGACCUGGCCGGAAUGCCAUCUUUUCAAUGAUGCUUCUGGUGUUGGCCUGUAUUUUGUUAGUGGUGCGCGUGGGGCUGGUGGUUUGGAGACACGGGACUCUGCCUCUCUUCCGUGAAGUAAGUCCUGAGGUCCUGAUGUCACCAAACAGCGGCACUGAUAAAUAACCAUACAUCAUAAAUACUAAACACUCAUGAAAACUUCAAAGAUGACGUGCCCUAAACGGUAACCCUUCCAGGUGUGCAGUACCUGCAUGAAUGUAUUUCGGCUGGAACAGAUGUCUUUUUCAAAGUAUUAUGGAAAAUAUGCAUGAAACAGCAUACGGUAACAACAUUAUAUCUAUUCUGAGCUUGAGCCAGGCCAUGUUCAGGGUAUUAAAUGUGCCAGUUUUGUUCUAUGUUACUCUUACCAUUCUAAAGUUGAAAUAAAAGUCUGCAUUUAUUUGAUCAAAAAUACAAUAAAAACAGCAGUAUUAUGAAACACUAUUAUGCACAACAGCUUUUUAUUUCAUUUUAAUGUUUUAUAAUGUAAUUGUGUGUAUGCAGAUAUAUUCAGUAACUUGUGACCAAAAUAUCAGUAUUAUACCUGAACCUGACAGUACAUUCAUUUGCUUGUUACCUUUUUGCAUGUCUUUAUGAAUUAACGUUAACAUUUAAUAUUUUAGCAAUUCAAAGCAAAAUAAGCACAAAUAAGGAAGCAAUUUAUUACAGUAUCAAAAGCAGUAUAUCAUACAAAAGCCGACAAUAAUCAUGA